CGUUGUGUCACUUGAAGAAAAAAAAUAUUAAUUUGCACCAACGACGUACGUUUUUCGUUCGAAAGAAUAGCAAUCAGCGGAUAAUUGUAUGGAUUAUUAGAAAAUUUAAGGCGACGGAAUAUAGUACCUUGCGAAAUUAUUUUGUAACCUUGAAAAAGCAAUCUGGGAAUCGCCAGAGGGCCAAAUCGAAAUCGUCGUUUGCCUACAGAAUAGAAAACCCGAUUUUCAGUGCGCUUGUGUUUGUGUGUGAGCAGAAGGAAUAGCGGAAAAAAUGGCAGCAAGCGACAAAUCGGUCGACGAUUCACUAUAUCCCAUUGCGGUUCUAAUCGAUGAACUGAAAAACGAGGACGUUCAGCUUCGGUUGAACUCCAUCAAGAAACUGUCCACCAUUGCACUCGCCUUGGGCGAGGAGCGCACACGGUCUGAGUUGAUUCCCUUCCUCACCGAGACCAUAUACGAUGAGGACGAGGUACUGCUGGCCCUGGCCGAUCAACUGGGCAACUUUACGAGUCUCGUUGGUGGACCAGAGUUUGCCAUGUACUUGAUUCCGCCCCUCGAGAGUUUGGCCACCGUAGAGGAAACCGUGGUGCGAGACAAGGCUGUGGAAUCUCUGCGCACCGUGGCCGCUGAGCACAGCGCCCAGGAUCUGGAGAUCCAUGUGGUGCCGACAUUGCAGCGAUUGGUUUCCGGUGACUGGUUCACCUCACGCACCUCUGCCUGCGGCCUCUUCUCGGUCUGCUAUCCACGCGUCACGCAGCCAGUGAAGGCCGAGCUACGCGCCAACUUCCGAAAGCUCUGCCAGGAUGAGACACCCAUGGUGCGCCGUGCAGCAGCCAACAAGCUGGGCGAGUUUGCCAAGGUCGUUGAGACCGAGUAUCUGAAGUCCGAUUUGAUUCCCAACUUUGUUCAGCUGGCGCAGGAUGAUCAGGACUCUGUUCGUCUGCUGGCUGUAGAGGCUUGCGUCAGCAUUGCCCAGCUGCUGCCCCAGGAUGAUGUAGAGCACCUGGUUCUGCCCACGCUGCGUCAGUGCGCCAGCGACUCUUCCUGGAGGGUGCGUUACAUGGUGGCCGAGAAGUUUGUUGAUCUGCAAAAGGCUGUGGGUCCGGAGAUUACUCGGGUGGAUUUGGUGCCUGCCUUCCAGUACUUGCUCAAGGACGCCGAGGCCGAGGUUCGUGCUGCAGUGGCCACCAAGGUGAAGGACUUCUGCGCCAACCUGGACAAGGUGAACCAGGUGCAAAUCAUCCUUAGUUCCAUUUUGCCCUAUGUGCGCGAUCUUGUAUCGGACCCCAACCCUCAUGUCAAGUCAGCUCUGGCCUCAGUGAUCAUGGGUUUGAGUCCCAUGCUGGGCGCCUAUCAGACUGUGGAGCAAUUGCUUCCCUUGUUCCUCAUUCAACUCAAGGAUGAGUGCCCAGAAGUGCGCCUAAACAUCAUCUCAAAUCUGGAUUGCGUUAACGACGUCAUCGGCAUCCAGCAAUUGUCACAGUCGCUUCUGCCCGCCAUCGUCGAGCUGGCCGAGGACUCCAAGUGGCGUGUGCGUCUAGCCAUCAUCGAGUACAUGCCUGCUCUGGCCGGUCAGUUGGGUCAGGAAUUCUUUGACCAAAAACUGCGCGGUCUCUGCAUGGGAUGGCUCAACGAUCACGUGUACGCCAUUCGUGAGGCAGCCACCCUCAACAUGAAGAAGCUCGUCGAGCAGUUCGGAGCUCCCUGGGCCGAACAGGCCAUAAUUCCAAUGAUCCUGGUCAUGUCGCGCAACAAGAACUAUUUGCACAGAAUGACUUGCUUGUUCUGCCUGAAUGUUUUGGCAGAGGUCUGCGGCACAGAUAUCACCACCAAGUUGCUGCUGCCCACAGUUCUCCUGCUUGCCGCUGAUCCCGUUGCCAAUGUUCGUUUCAACGUGGCAAAGACCCUGCAGAAGAUCUCGCCCUUCCUGGAGGCCAGCGUCAUUGAUGCCCAAGUAAAGCCCACACUCGACAAACUGAACACAGACACAGAUGUGGAUGUCAAGCAUUUUGCUGCACAGGCCAUUGCCGGCAUAGCUGCAGAAAUGGAACUGAAUGUGUUUAGAACGGCAAUACCGCCUUGCAUGGGCGCCAAAAUUGAGGCGGCAAUGGACUCAAAGCUGAUCGUGGAACCGCCCCGACAGCCGGAGGCAGCUGACAAUGACAUUUUGCAGGAGAUGAAUGGCAAGGCAGCGGAGCCGCCCACGCUUGACUCGGAAUGUUAGAGGAUGAGUAGCCAACCACAUGACGUGUGAUGUGCCUCCCGCUGUCUCCAGCCAGUUCCACAAGCCAAUGUGUUUAAUCCUACCCGUUGUAAUCAUAUUCAAAUUUGAUUGUUUGUUUGUUCAAGAUAACCAGGCUAGAUGUCCGACCUGUUUAAAAGUGCGAGUGCAGUGGUGCAGUUUUUAACCAAUACUAAUGUUGUGCCAUAUUUUUCUGUCUCUUUCCCGGUAUCAUCGCCACCACCACGUGGUUAUCU